AUGAGUGCAAGUCGGCAGCUGAGUCGCCAUGCGCUCACGAUGAAGGGACGCACUUACGAGCUGAAGGACAUAUACUUGAAUUGCGGUGUGCCGAUGACAGGCACGGCACAUUUGCCGUCGUCGAUAAGCUUAGUUCACGACCCGAUCCAUAUCGCGGUACUCACUUCGCAGGUCGCAGCUAUGUCCUGUACAGUCCCGACAACGAUCCUGAACAGACCUGCGAAAGGGAUAGACAAUGCUCAUGAGCCGGUUGUUUCUUACAUACGCAAACGGCUUUCCCCUGAAGCAGAGGUCACUGGUGUCGAUGCUCAGCAUUCCGAUGAAAUGGCUAAUACUAAGUGGCCUGUCACCAAUCAUAUCACACCUCCUGAUUGGAUUCAACUUGUGCAUAAAGCCAUGCGCGAGUCAGGUGUCCAGAUUCAAUACCAGCUAUGGCAUACAUUGUUGUUAUAUAACUGUACUCAGCUCCCUUCAUCAAGAAGACCAAAAUGGAAUCAGCUUAGGCUUAUGCAGGAGAGCUCGCAUGGCAUCUUUAGCGGCAGACACGACGUCUCCUUCAUGAUUAAACAACAUCACAACGGCUUCAAUCCCGAUAACGAGAAAAAGGAGAUCCUCGCGGACGUUGUGAAGGGCAUGGUAGAUUCUUCGACAGACCCAGAUGAGGGUUACUUCGGAGGCAACCAGGGCUCUUGA